CUGGAUCCGCUGAAGGAUCCGGUGACUACUGUCUGUGGACACAGCUACUGUAAGAGCUGUAUUAACACCCACUGGGACAAAGAGGAGGAGAGAGGAAGCUACAGCUGUCCUCAGUGUAGACAGACCUUCACACCGAGGCCUGUCCUGGGGAAAAGCACCAUGUUAGCUGAUUUAAUGGAGGAGCUGAAGAAGACUGGACUCCAAGCUGCUCCUGCUGAUCACUGCUAUGCUGGACCUGAAGAUGUGGCCUGUGAUGUCUGCACUGGGAGAAAACUUAAAGCUCUCAAGUCCUGUUUGGUUUGUUUGGCCUCUUAUUGUGAAAACCACCUCCAGCGUCAUCUUCAGUCACCUCCAUUGAAGAAGCACAAGCUGGUGGAGCCCUCGGAGAAGCUCCAGGAGAACAUUUGCUCUCGUCACGACGAGGUGAUGAAGAUGUUCUGCCGCACUGAUCAGCAGUGUAUCUGUUAUAUCUGCUCUGUGGAUGAACAUAAAGGCCACGACACAGUUACAGCUGCAGCAGAAAGGACUGAGAGGCAGAGAGAGCUCGGGCUGAGGAGACAAACAAUCCAGCAGAGAGUCCAGGACACAGAGAAAAAUGUUAAGCUGCUUCAACAGGAGGAGGAGGCCGUCAAUGGCUCUGCUGAUAAAGCAGUGGAGGACAGUGAGGAGAUCUUCACUGAGAUGAUCCGUCUGCUGGAGAAAAGAAGCUCUGAUGUGAAGCAGCAGAUCAGAUCCCAGCAGGAAACUGAAGUGAGUCGAGUCAGAGAGCUUCAGGAGAGACUGGAGCAGGAGAUCACUGAGCUGAAGAGGAAAGACCAUGAACUGAAGCAGCUCUCAGACACAGAGGAUCACAACCAGUUUCUACACAACUACCCCUCACUGUCACCACUCAGUGGAUCUACACACUCAUCCAGCAUCAGGAUCCGUCCUCUGAGGUACUUUGAGGACGUGACAGCAGCUGUGUCACAGGUCAGAGGUCGACUACAGGACAUUCUGAGUGAGACAGAGACAGAGAUUUUACAGAUUGUGUCUCAAGUGGAUGUUUUACUGCCACACCUAGAGCCAGAGACCAGAUCUGACUUCUUAAGAUAUUCACAGGAAAUCACUCUGGAUCCAAACACAGUAAACAAAUAUCUGUUAUUAUCUGAGGGAAACAGAAAAGUAACACGUAUAAGAGAAGAUCAGUCUUAUUCUAAUCACCCAGACAGAUUUACUUAUUGGGCUCAGGUGCUGAGUAGAGAGAGCCUGACUCGACGUUGUUACUGGGAGGUGGAGGUGGGGGGGGGAGUAGGAGUUGAUGUAGCAGUCACAUACAAGAAUAUCAGCAGAGCAGAAAACUCACAUGAAUGUCUAUUUGGAUUCAAUGAUAAAUCUUGGUCAUUAUCUCGUUUUGGAAACUGUUAUAUCUUUUAUUACAACAGCAUCAAGACUCCAGUGUCAAGUCUUCUGCCCUCCAGAGUAGGAGUGUACCUGGAUCACAGUGCAGGUGUUCUGUCCUUCUACAGCGUCUCUGACACCAUGACUCUCCUCCACAGAGUCCAGACCACAUUCACUCAGCCUCUCUAUGCUGGAGCUGGGGUUUAUCAUUAUGGAGCCACAGCUGAGUUCUGUAAACUCAAAUAGACUCAAGUCAUUAAAAGCAGUGAUUUAGAUUCUGUGUGUAAAUCUUUAACUUCUUUUGUCUCCAUGUUUGUUGAUCAAAGUUCGUCGUGGUGACGUUUCUGCUCCGCACACAGUUCAGCUGUCAAUCAAACACUGACCUUCCUUUAUCACACAUAUUUAGUUCUCACUUUGUAAAGACAGAAAUCUAUAAUUACACUGACAUGAAUGUGUUUGAAAGAACUAAUGUUGCUGUUGUCCUCAGUUGGGACACCUCAAGAUUAAAGAAAUGAUUCCUGUUCCUCACCAGUGUA